AUCUUUAUGGCGACUUCAGCGCAGAAGCUCUCCUUCUCUCCUCCUCUUCCUCCUUGAUCGAUUAGGCUAGGCAUGGAGAAGCCGUCGGCGGAGCCAGAAUAUCUGUCGGGGUUCGGCAACCACUUCGAGUCGGAGGCGCUGCCGGGGGCGCUGACGCGCGGCCAGAACAGCCCCCUCAAGUGCCCCUACAGCCUCUACGCCGAACAGAUCUCCGGCACCUCUUUCACCGCCCCCCGCAAGCUCAACCAGCGCAGCUGGUUGUAUCGUAUAAAGCCUUCGGUCACUCAUGAACCGUUCCACGCUCGUGUUCCUCGCCAUGAACGUCUUGUUAGUGAAUUUAAUCAAACAACUAGUUCUGCUACACCAACUCAGCUCCGCUGGAAGCCAGUAAACAUCCCUGAUUCAGGUUCAUCAACAGAUUUCAUUGAUGGACUUUAUACUGUGUGCGGAUCGGGAAGUUCUUUCAUUCGGCACGGUUAUGCAAUUCACAUGUAUGCUGCUAACAAAUCCAUGGAUGGUUGCGCCUUAUGCAACGCUGAUGGUGAUUUUUUAAUAGUUCCACAGAAGGGAAGGUUGUCAAUAACAACUGAAUGUGGGAAGUUGCAAGUUUCUCCUGGUGAAAUGGUUGUCCUUCCUCAAGGGUUUCGUUUUUCUGUAAACUUGCCUGAUGGUCCAUCAAGGGGCUAUGUUGCUGAAAUUUUUGGUGCACAUUUUCAGCUUCCUGAUCUUGGCCCAAUUGGGGCUAACGGUCUGGCCGCUGCGAGAGAUUUCCUUGUUCCAACUGCUUGGUUUGAAGAAAAUUACCAGCCAGGGUAUACAAUUGUGCAAAAGUUUGGCGGAGAGCUUUUCACUGCAAAACAAGAUUUUUCUCCAUUUAAUGUGGUUGCUUGGCAUGGAAAUUAUGCACCAUACAAGUAUGAUUUGGGUAAGUUCUGCCCAUUCAAUACUGUUUUAUGUGAUCAUGGGGAUCCUUCUGUAAACACAGUACUAACAGCACCAUCAGAUAAGCCAGGUGUUGCAUUACUUGACUUUGUAAUUUUCCCACCACGGUGGUCAGUUGCUGAACAUACUUUUCGGCCUCCAUAUUAUCACAGAAAUUGUAUGAGUGAAUUUAUGGGUUUAAUUUAUGGUGUGUAUGAGGCUAAAGCUGAUGGGUUUCUUCCUGGGGGUGCCAGUCUCCAUAGCUGUAUGACACCACAUGGACCCGAUACUACAACCUAUGAGGCAACUAUUGCCUGUGGUGACAAUAGUGAGCCAUUUCGGAUAGGGGGUACCUUGGCUUUCAUGUUCGAGUCAUACCUCAUACCUCGCAUUUGCCCUUGGGCACUCGAGUCACCUGACCUGGAUAAAAACUACUACCAGUGUUGGAUUGGAUUGAGGCCGCACUUCUCGCCUCACAACGGAGUAGAAGAAAAUGGGGCUCUCACUAUUUCUGUCACUGGAUCUUUGACUAUGAUGAAACUUAUGACAGAAUUCAGCAGCUGCUUUGUGGUUUUGUUCUCUGCCACAAGUUAUGCGCUAAAAAAGCAUGAUUAA